GAAAGUAUGUUAGAGGUCAGUUUGCGACUUGUUCACUUCUCUCCUAUAGUCUUCCUCGUCAGCCUUCUGUAUAACAUCAAACUGAAACGCUCGCUUCUUCGAUAAUCAAUUGGGAAAUAACUAGCGAUUAUAUCACAGCUGUUUAUCUCCUUUUCACAACAACUUCGGCAAUUUCGACUAUACAUUUAUUCUCGCUAAUCAUCGCCUGCUCUCUUAUUCGGCUUUCUCGUUACAUUCAGCCCUCCCCAUUUUUUUUCAUCAGUCUUCAGUCCAUUCAUAUCAAGUUUCUUUUCCGUUUCAAUCAUGGCAUCUACCUCAACAUCUGGUCUAUCGGCGUCAGUCACGCGCAUUUUGUCUUUGACAGGCUUUGCAAAGGAGCUCAAGACCAAAGAUAUCCAAUCUGCAUUCUCGGAAUGGGAGAAUAUUGGCGGAGGGUUCAAGAUUAAAUGGAGAGACGAUACGAGCCUCUUGAUCGUUUUUCAAGAUGCUUCAGUUGCCAAACGUGCAUAUCUCCACACGCUCGCGUUCCCUCCUGCUAUCCUUACUACCGGCAGUUCUGCUACCAUCAAACCGUAUGAUGGGCCUGACGCCCAGACUGUCAUUCAGACAGUAAACACCCGUGGUCACACAGGCAACGUUUCUCGCGGUCACAAUUUGCGCGCUGCCUCUAUUUCUGUUUUCCCCAGUCGCAGUGCCAACACGAGUCAGAACGGCAACGGAUUACGCAACGGAAACGGCCAGAACGGCCACGUGCAGAAUGCUACUAUUUCGGAGCAUUCACCAAGACUCACCAACGGGCGUGAGCCUUCUCCGACCCUUCCGACCCUCCCUUCUCACCCAUCUCUGAAUGACCUCAUAAAUUCGGCCGUGUCACACGAUGAUCCCGCUAUUCUUCACGCGGAAGGCCCACCAAAGAUUGGAGAUCCAGGGAAGAGAAUGUUGGGCGCUGCAUUGGGUGUGAGACACCCUGCACUGGGACCGCGGGUCAUUAAUGGAAGCCAUGUGAUGGGAGGUGCAAGUCCCGGCACUAGCCCCAGGGGCAAUGGACUUGAUUCUACCAUGAGGGAUAUGCAGAGGGCGAUGGGAGGGCUGACUGUCGCCGAGUGAAUACUAAUACACCAUGUCUGAGGAUACGUCCUCGGAUUCACAUCGUGGUGUUUCAUUGUUUCAAUUGAGUGCGUGUAAUUGAUGUUUUCGUGGCUGAUACGCAUCCCUUGAUUCAUAAUUGGAGGUUUUCAUAUUUUUCAGUUUCUUUGUGCUAUUAGUUCCUGCAUUCCUCGUGUCACGAUACGUAGUCCCUCAUUUUCGAAUGUUUUUGUGCAGCCAACCAAUUACUACACAUUCUAGUGCCGCAUCUAGGCCACUCCAUCCUGACUGUGUGAUAUGCGCCAGCGUGUUGCCUAACAUUGGAUCAAACUCUAGAAUUAGUCAUAAAAACAGCGGGUUUGUGUCCGCAGUUC